AUGUACAUGCAUGCAUCUAUCCAUCCAUGACAAGAACGAACAGACCCAUUACCGGAUUAUCUGACAUCAUACCCGAAGACUGCAUAUUAAUGAUUUUAAACAAUCCAAAUGACUUCAUUUUAGAAUUCCAAUCGUCACAGAACACAAUGUGGCUGAGGAUCGUCUCCCUGGUAGUUGUAUACGUGGUAAACAUUAGAACAUUUGAACCGGGAAGUUGUCCAGCGUCUCAAGACACUGUAUUGCGUGUUCCGUCGUGCCCCAGAAACAGAGAAGAAUGGAAACAGAGAUCCGAUGCAAAGAAAUGUUCUCUUGUUCGGCAAAAUUGCAUAGACCCCAGCAAAUUUGUUUACCACUGUGUCAUAAAUAGUUAUGUCAACGAAACCUUAGAAGUGUGUGCUCCAGCAAAACAAGUAAUAGAGCACAGAUGUGUUGAAUAUAAUGUACGCGGUAGGUUGGUUCAGGAGAGCCCCUACGUGAAGUGCAGUAAUUCAAAUGUCUCAUGCCCGUUCUCCUACGCAUCUACCGAUGUUUAUAAAUAUCAACAAUGUUUCCAGGCAAUAAAAUCUUCAAAAAGAAAAUCACAAAUUCUACACGAGUAUUUGACAAUGGAUUCUAACAGAUCAAGUUGUGACGAGGAGAGCCUUGAUAAGAGCAAAGAAAGGAACUGGCAGAUAGUUGCUGUAGUUAUGAUUAUAAUCAACGUUGCACUGUUUGGGGCAACUUUGUGGAUGAUGAUUUCGAAACGGAAAACAAUGAGAUGUUGCAAAGCUGAAAAAAGAAAGAUUGAAGAAUCGGAAAGGCAACCGUUAACUGGAAAUCAUCACGAUGGCGAUGGAGAAAAUCAGAUGAGGAACAAAGACACUGAUGAUGAGGGAGAAACGGAAACAAAAAUGGAGAGCGGCAUUGUCACUGAAAAAAGAAAGAUUGAAGAAUCGGAAAGGCAACCGUUAACUGGAAAUCAUCACGAUGGCGAUGGAGAAAAUCAGAUGAGGAACAAAGACAAAUUUUACGUGGCAGCCAUAGACAUUGGCGACAGAUGUUGCAACAUGGCUCUCUGCUGUUCAGAUUCACCUACGGUUGUGAAGACCUUAGGAAAAUGGGAUAGAAUAUGUCUACUUCUGGAUGAAAAGGGAGAAUUCAAAGCUUUUGGCAAGGACGCAAUCCAAAGCUACAAGAAAGAAGAAAACGACAAAUGCAAAUUGUUUUACGAUUUCAAGUUGAGUCAAGUUCCAAAAAAAGAAAACGGAAAGGUGUACAUUGCAAUGGUAUCACAGCUUCUUAAUCGGAUGUGGAAUGAAUUAAGCAGAUUAGAUGUCAAAGUACAGCAUUUUGUCUUCAUUGUUCCAACAUACUGGGAUGACGGUAGCAUAGAAAAAUUGCGAAAAUGGAGCUCCUCGAAAGUCAUGAAGAUUUUGGAGAUUGACAAUGAAAAGUUUUGGGUCAUUCGAAGAGACAAAUCAAUAUCUCCUAUUAUACAUGAAGUAAAUGCAAGAGUGCUCAGUCUGAAUUUUAACGUAGAUAACUUGGUGUUGAAGUCUGACAUGACAGGAAAAUGUGGUAGUUAUGCCAUUCUUCAUAUCGGUUCAAGUUAUUGUGAUCUUACAUUUUGGAGCAAAGGUGAGGGUAGAAAUGCCGAUUAUAAAAAACAUUUUUGGAAUGUGCCACCACACGAACACAUGCUGAGGGAACUAGGGAUAAAGAUAUGCGGGAAGACUGGGAAGGAAUUGGACAGUUGGAAGAAAGAACAUGAAAGGGAUUACAUUUCUUUUUUAUCCGAUUUUGAAGAUCUUCAAAAUAAAAUGAAUGCAAACGCAGACGACAAAAAGUUUGUUUUUGAAGCAACUAUUCCAGAUAGUUUACGUACAUUUCUACGUGGAACUACCAGUGAGAAUAUCAAUCGCCACACUAAUGAAAUCCGUGGAAUCACAACCAUAGACAGUGGAUGUAAGAUUGAUAUUAAGCAUAAGUUCUUUGAAGAUUGCUUCGCGUCGAUCAAAAAAAAAGUAUGGGAGGAGAUAGAAGAUGCUGGUGAAGCUUUAGGAAAAGUUAAUUGUGUAGUAAUGACCGGUACUUACUCACAUAUGGAAUUAGUGCGACGGGAAGCUGAAGAGAAGUGGUUUAAAGACAAGCCAAUAACAGUUGUUAUUCCAGAAAAUACGCAAGUCUUUGCCAUGGGAGGAGCAUACUAUGUUUACAGCAAGGUAAAGAAUCAACUUCACCAUCUGAGUGAAAAGCACAAUGAUUGAGUUGCGUAAAAGAUAUCAUUCGGAAAUAUAAUUUUCUGCUUGAAAACCCAGAACAUGUUCGUUUGUUGUUUUACUACAGUGUAUGCAAAACGUUUGAAUUUCAUUUCUUUAUUCCACAUUUCCUCAAUAGAUGCAUAUUUUAAAAGGAGCAUAUAUUGUAUAUGUCUAUGACACAUAUUGUUUUUAUUUAACCAUUUUGCAGAUCAUACGUAUAAUUUGAUAUUUCAAAAACAAUGUCACUUGAUCAUCCACAGUAUUUUGCUUCAUGUUUGUUUUUAUCUCGCAAUGUAUUCAUAGUUUUUGGAUCAACCCUUGAGGUGUUGUCAAAUUAACUGUUUCAUAUCAUAAUCAUGUUGGAAUGUAAUCAUUAUUAGUACUUAGAAUUUUUUUUAUUUUAUUAAGAGUACUUAUCCCUGG